GGCCCAGCUCCUGCUCCAGGGGUCCCGGCUGGGAGAAGGGGGAGGCUGCAGGGGAGGAGGGGGGGGGGCGAGUGAACGCGGCGCCCCGUGGUGAGCACUCUGAGGGAUGUCGGAGAGGCGCGGCAAUGACAGCGCGGUGUGGGGGCCGCAGACCCCAGGGCCCCAGGGGGGGUCCCCGAACAACGCCCCCCUCGCCGAGUUGUACGAGGAGUACGAGGAGUACGAGUACAACGUUUCCUUCGAGGGGCUCUCCGCGAACAAAUACUCGAUCGUGAUUGGCUUCUGGAUCGGCCUGGCCGCGUUCAUCGUCUUCCUCUUCACCGCCCUGGCGCUCAUGGUCAACAUGACCAACAGGAGCGGGCUGCGAGGGGCAGGGUGCGAGCUGAGCCACGAGCGGCGGCGCUGGCACCGGCGCAGCGGCGGCAGCAGCAGCAGCAGCGCCUCCCGCGGGGGUGCCGCCCACCUGGUGCUCAACGAGGGCGGCCCGGACUACGUGGCCGGGGUCCAGGACCCCGAGCAAGGGGACCCCGAGCAAGGGGAUCCCGAGCAAGGGGACCCCGGCGCGGGGGACUUUCCUCAGCCACGGUCGCCCGUCGCCGCCCCCCCUCGCGCUCCCCCGCGUCGUCCCGGGGGUUCCGCCCCCCCCCCCAACCGUGGACCCCGGGUGGGUCGGGAUGGCCUGGGCCUCGAGCAAGGAGCCCGAGGUGUACUCAGAGUGCCGGAUCCCCCUCGUGGGGGGCCUGCCAGCGCCGUCGCUCCCCGUCGCCUCUCCCGACGAGGCCCCCCACGGUGAGGGGCGACCCCAUUCACCGGUCUCCCCCCUGGCGCUGUCCCCUCUGCCGGUCCCCCUCCCGGGACGACUCCAGCUCGACCUCGACCCCUAGCGGGACGACUCCAGCUCGACCCCGACCCCUAGCAGGACGACUCCACCUCGACCCCUAGCGGGACGACUCCACCUCGACCCCUAGCAGGACGACUCCAGCUCGACCUCGACCCCUAGCGGGACGACUCCGGCUCGACCCCGACCCCUAGCGGGACAACUCCACCUCGACCCCUAGUGGGACGACUCCAGCUCGACCUCGACCCCUAGCGGGACGACUCCAGCUCGACCCCGACCCCUAGCAGGACGACUCCACCUCGACCCCUAGCGGGACGACUCCACCUCGACCCCUAGCGGGACGACUCCACCUCGACCCCUAGCGGGACAACUCCACCUCGACCCCGACCCCUAGCGGGACGACUCCAGCUCGACCCCGACCCCUAGCAGGACGACUCCACCUCGACCCCUAGCGGGACGACUCCACCUCGACCCCUAGCGGGACGACUCCAGCUCGACCUCGACCCCUAGCGGGACGACUCCGGCUCGACCCCGACCCCUAGCGGGACAACUCCACCUCGACCCCUAGCGGGACGACUCCACCUCGACCCCUAGCGGGACGACUCCAGCUCGACCUCGACCCCUAGCGGGACGACUCCAGCUCGACCCCGACCCCUAGCUGGACGACUCCACCUCGACCCCUAGCGGGACGACUCCACCUCGACCCCUAGCGGGACAACUCCACCUCGACCCCGACCCCUAGCGGGACGACUCCAGCUCGACCCCGACCCCUAGCAGGACGACUCCACCUCGACCCCUAGCGGGACGACUCCACCUCGACCCCUAGCGGGACGACUCCACCUCGACCCCGACCCCUAGCGGGACGACUCCGGCUCGAUCCCGACCCCUAGCGGGACGACUCCACCUCGACCCCGACCCCUAGCGGGACGACUCCUACUCGACCCCGACCCCUAGCGGGACGACUCCACCUCGACCCCAACCCUUCCCGGGACGACUCCACCUCGACCCCGACCCCUCCCGGGACGACUCCACCUCGACCCCGACCCCUAGCGGGACGACUCCACCUCGACCCCGACCCCUCCCGGGACGACUCCACCUCGACCCCGACCCCUAGCGCCGUGCGUGGAGACCGUGCCGAGCUAGGGUCUCAGCAAACACUCACCUGCUCACCAACCCACCCACCCGCUCACCAACCCACACAUCCGCUCACCAACCCACACAUCCGCUCACCAGCACACCCACCCACUUCUCCCCCACUCACUCACUCACCCUCUCUCUCUCAGAGUUGCUACGGUUGUCAUGGCGCUUCAGGGCGCUCGUCGCGCCACGCAGGGAGGCGCCACCGCCACCACCACCACCACAACCACCGCCACCACCACUGCC